UCUCUCCUUCGCUCGAACUCCGUCCGUUUCCUUCGUUCUUCUCCGGCGCCGGCGCCGGCGCUUCCCCACCGCCACCCCGAUUCGGCGGUGCCUCCGUCGACAGUCUCUUGUUCACCAUUAGAGUCCCCCGCCCUCCGCACCAGGUAGCUUUUGUCACUAAAUGAUUUUGACAUCAUUAAAAUUAUGGCUUCAAGUAUACUGACAGGAGACCGAAGAUAUGGUACUGUACGAGGAAAAUUCACUGUUUUAGGGAAAGUUCCGAAACCCAUCAAUUUGCCAAGUCAAAAAUUGGAAAACCGUGGCUUGGACCCGAACGUGGAAAUUGUUCCUAGGGGUACACUUACCUGGGGCAGCAGAGCAGCCACACCAAACGCAUGGGCGUCAUCAGCUUCAUCAUCGCCUCAUGCGGAUGAAAAUGCUAACUCACCAGUCAGAGGUCGACCUUCAUCUAGUGGAAGUGGCCCACGCCCAUCAACCUCUGAUAGUGACAAGUCCAAUGAGCUUAAUUCUAAAGCAUGGGGCCAGAAUUCACGGCCAUCAUCUGCAUCGGGAAGCUUUGCAUCAAAUCAGCUAUCAUUGGCUCCAAGCCGCCCUCGAAGUGCUGAAUCAAGACCUGUUUGCUCACAGCUAUCUCGUUUUGCUGAAAACUCAACUGAAAAUACUGUUGCAUGGGGCUCUAGAACCAAUUCCAGUGGGUAUGCACCGAGUUCUGGAGAUUUCCCCCCACUUGGUUCUGAGAAUAAUUCUGAGUCUCACAUGCAGCGAGGUCAUAGUUCUCACGGGCGUCCUGCGUCUGCUUCUGGCUCAUCAACACAAAAUGAAAGGCCUGAGCUUCCCUGUGGAGAUGUGAAUGCAGACAGAGACUCAAGAAAUGUUGAUAUGCAGUUAACAGAUUCCUAUCCAUAUGGUCAUGGUGAUAUCCCAUUAGACAUUGAGAAACGGAAGAGGGAUUCCCAGCAGGGCUGGGCUUAUCCAAUUGCUGACAUGCCACAUCCCCAGUUUGGUAAUUGGCAUGGUCCUGAAGUUAACACUCCUGAUGAAGUUUGGCAUAAAGGGACAGCUGGUGGUCCAUUCAGACCAGUGGGUUCUGCUGUUACUUAUCCUAUUGAGCAUUUUGCAUAUUUUCGUCCUCAGAUUCAGGGCCUUCUACCUAAUCCACAAUCUAUUCCAAAACCAGGGGGUGGUCUUGGCUGUUACUACCCUGAGAACAGAGACAUGCACUUCCCUCGCCAGCCACCUGAUUCUUACAUGAUUUCUAGUCAACAGAUCAUCACUCUGACACCUGGAGUUCAGCAAACUCCACAGCCCAUUGAUGGGUGUCAUGAUUCUCGGGCAAAUUACUUUAAUUCCAUUAACAGUGAAGUCCCUUGUAUAGGAAGCCCUCCUGAUGUCGGUUACCUAUAUGAUGAAAAAUCCAAUGCUCACUUUAGAAAGUUCCAUAUGAGUUAUUCAUCUCGUGCUCCUAAUACGGACAAAGAACAGGCAAAAUCUGAUCAAGUAGAUGAAAUUCAUGAAGGACAAUAUGUAGUUUUAUUAAAACAGGAUGAUGAUGGUGGAGAUCAUAUUGUGCAUGAGAAGAGAGAGCAAUCUAUACUGUCCAAUUGCCCACAUUUUGAAGGAAGCAACCAGCAGGAAGCUACUUCAUGUCAGGGUAAUUGGAGAGCUAACAGCAGAAAUGGAGAAGCUUCAUCAGUAUCACCUACUCCUGGGACAGGACGGUCUUCUGAGCCUGUUAGUGAUUGGGAAGGCCAUUCUUCUGAUGAUGCCUACCUGACAAAAUCAUUAGGAGAUUUGAAUGAUGUAACUGAUGAGAGUUGGAUGAAGAAAGAAUCUAAUGGUACUGCUCCUAUGCAUGAUGAGGAACAGUAUUCUGCUAUAAAAAGGGACUCUAGCCUGAUGGAGAAGAUAGAGGUCUUAAAUAACAAAGCUCGGAUUGCUGACCAUCAUAUUGAAGGUGGACAACUGUCCUCAAAAGAUGCAGUGAAAACUCUGAAGGAUGUUAAUUUACAGGCAAAGGCUCCUGAAAAGAACACUUGUAUUGGUGAUACUUUAGAUGGAAGUUGUCUCGCUUCUGGUAUAGCUCAACCUGCAUCUCAUAAAAAAAGAACUUCCAAUGAAGACACAGAGUGCAGGAAAGUUGUCCUUCAACCAUCAGAAUCACAAGUUUUUAAAAGCACCAAGUCUGGUGGUUUGGAAAAUUGCAGAAAAACUCAUCAUCAGAUUCGAAGAAAAGGCCACUUUGUGCAGAGUGGUCUUGAUUGUCGUGCUAAAUCGGGUUUUACUGGUAGUCAAGGUGAUGAUGAAUUAGUUAAAAGAAUUGCUGGAAGAAAUUCCACAAAAAGUAGUUCUCCUAGAGACAAAGAUAACUACACAGUUAGUGAGGCACCUGACUUCUCUAUGUCCCAAGAUAUCAUUGAGAAGCAAGUAUUACCUAAUGCAACCAAUGCAGAGGAUGGAUCAUUAGCAACAAAAUUUGCGCAUUCUAAAGACCACCAUGAGAUCCAGAAGGCAAUAGCAACCCAGCACUCCAAACAGCUGGAGGAACGCCAAGUAAAGGAACUAAAUACAAAAUCUCUUACAGAGUUGGAAGGAUUGAAUAGGCAUAUUGCACAUGGUUUCAACCAGAAUUUUAACAACACCACAACUACAAGCAAAGAUUUUGACCACAUGCAGGCCUUCAAAAGUGAUAGCACUCCUAAAACAGUUGGUUCUGUUGAUGAAUCACAAAGAGGUAACUCAGCUGGAAAUAAUUCUGGGUCAACAAGUGAUCCUUCUUUGAGAUCACAAUAUCAAUCCUUGUCUUGGGAACAAGAUGCCAAUAAUAGUGGAGAUGUCACCCGUAAAUCUAGCAGACAUUUUCAUGAAAGCAAAUUUCCGAAGCAUAAAAACGUGGGCUACAGGAGAAAGCAGAGUACUAUACAAGAGAAGAUUCAAGGUCAACAGCCAUUUUCUGUUAUGAAUGUUGGGAGAAGGAGUUCUGUUGAUGUCAGUAUGCAUCAUUUGGAGUGUGACAGUGUACUCAAAAUUGAGGAUCUGCCAACACAACCCAAAAAGAAAACUAACAGGACCUCAAAGAGUAAACUUAAAGCUGAUGAGGUUUCAUCAAGAUCCAGCAUUCAAUCUUCAGCUAACAAUGAAGAGAACCUUGAAAAUGGUCCUCUUAAUAUUGGCAAAACUCAGUCAGAAUCUUUGGUGGAGAUCAAACCUGAUUCAGCUCAAAGUGUGAUUGAAACUCUGAAAAAUCAGUGUUCCAGGGACGAGGUUGGUACACCUUCCACUGAAGAAUUGCUUCAGGAAACAGAUCAUUAUUUCAGGGGGAGUAAUCAUUGGAAACAGCAGUCUUCCAGGCCAAUGAGAAACCAGCGAGGUAUCAAAACUGGUUAUAAGUUCCAUGGCAGUGAGGCUGUAAUGUGGGCACCUGUGAGACCACAGAACAAGACCAUACAAUCUGAUGGCACAACUCUGAACCAUAAUAAUCAGAUAGGUGAUAAUUUUUUAGAAAAAGAUGAGCAUGAUACACAAAAUGUAGCAAAAACAAAGAGGGCUGAAAUGGAAAGGUAUGUUCCCAAGCCUGCAGUGAAAGAACGAUUGUAUCAGAAUUCUCAGCAGAACUUGCCUUGCAUCAAUCAGACGGCACCUUGUGAGGUCAUGGUGGAACCUGAUUUUGAUGGAAAAUCUAGUGUCAAACAAGAAUUUGGUUCGGAUGCUACUAACGGAGAAGUUAAUAAAUCUAAUAGGCGUGGCAAAAUGCAUGCGUCUUGGUGUCAACGGCAUUCAGCUGGACUUCCCCCUGUGUCUCAGAGCUUCUGCAAUGAAGGUUCAAGUUCUGCUGAUGUUGCUGGACAUCUUCAGCCACAACAACAUCAUCAAUCAAGGGGUGACAGCAGAGCUGGGUCGCAGCUUGUCUAUGAUGACGUGAGGGAUAAGAAGCUGAUCAACGAUACUGGAAGUGCUUUUCCACUUACUGAUAUUAAUGGCUUAAAUUGUGGAACCAAUGUGGAAAAAGAUGAAACGCCAGCUUUAGAGUCAGCUAUGUUAGGAAAUGAAAAUGCAAGGUUUUCCCAUGAGCAGAAGAGGUGGCAACCAAAAUUUCAUUCCUAUCCUCAUAGCACUGGGCGUGGAAAGAGGGGCAUGAGGAGUCAGAGGGUUGCAUCUCAAGGUCAGAGGUUUGACAAAGAGUUUCGUUCUCAAGGCACAGGAAAUUCUCUUGAAAAUGUGGAUGCUAAUUACUCAGCUAGAAUUACUGGCGGCAUUGAAAUGAGAAUUGCAGAGAAUCAAGAAGCUGAUCAUGCAGUACCGCUGAAUUCUGUUAAAACUGAUCCAGCAGAAUUGCUUGACAAACUGUAUAAUGAAGAACUUCUUAGGCAAGAUAACCAACAAGAGCAACCGGUUUCUUCUGCAAUGUGCCAACAUGGAACAAAUAAUGGCCAUUAUGGGCGAGGACAGGGAGCAACUUAUAGGGCUCAAUAUGGAGGGCAAGAUGCCACUAUGCAAAACCCUAACUUCAGCAGAGGCAGGAAGAUUGGCUCUCAGUUUGAAUAUCAGCAGAUUGGGUCUUCUGACAAACCAAAUGAUUACUCUCAGCAGAACUUUACUGAUCUAGAGAAGCAUGAUAGUCCAAGGGUUCAUCAAACAAAGAACAGGGGUCGAGGUCGGAAUUACUAUAGACAUCAUGGUGGUGGUAAUCGUCAAUUUUAUGUGCAAACCAGCAGGACUGCAGUCUGUGUAACAGAUCAAAAAAAUUUGGCGGAAUGACAAUUAUAAUACAAAGUGCAAAUAGAUUCAUUUUGCUCUUGAUUAUGGUUUUGGAUUUUUCUCCUUCAUGGCGGCAGCAUUCAAAAUCAUGGCUGGUUCACCAAUUACACAAUUUAUCAUCGGUUUCACAUUUAACUUGGAUGUGUGCUUUGUGAUAGUUUCUUCACUCCUUUGAAAAAGAAGAUUGAUCAAUUGCUGCUCUUGAAUAUUUUGGAUGUGUUCAACCUUCAUGCAGCUGUUGAUAUUGUUUGGUGGAUCAUCACGAGAAUGGUUUCUUGCUUAGCUGUGGCUGUUAAUGUUCUAUUCCAUUUUUUUGUCUGUGAACCUCAUUUACAAUAGUGUACAUAUAUUACAUUUGCAGGAGGCCUGAGAUUGGCCAAAGACCCUUUUGCUUUUCCUUUCAACCAAUGAUAUAGUGGUGUAUUGGUAGCCGAA